AUGAUGUUUGCCCUUCUAUUCGUCUCUUGCCUUCUCUUCGUGCUAACAGUUGAGGGUGAGUCGCAUACUUCAUUUUCUGGAGCGAUCUUGUCGCAAUGUACAACACAUGCAUGCGUCUCCAGUUUAAUCUCAAUCCCGACUACAUGUACCACUUAGAACUAAGCAAACCAUUGCUGUACGGAGAGGCUAAUUUGAACCUUACCUUCAUAGCUCAGUCAUUCUAUUCUUCUUCUUGUUUUCAGGACGAGUGGACCCCUGCAAAAUGCCGAUCAUUUCUGGUGUGUGCAGAGCGAGGAUCCCGAUGUAUGCCUACCAUUAUCGGCUCGGCGUAUGUGAGGUAUUCGUCUAUCGCGGAUGCGGUGGCAACAUGAAUCGUUUUAACACUCUGGAGGAGUGUGAGAGGACUUGUGUCAGGCGCCGUCAUCGAAUAUAA